AUGUUUCACAUCGGAUAUAAAUCAACACCUCAUUUUUCUUUUAUUCUAAUUGAAAAGGUAGCAUUUACUAAGAAAGUUGAUGUACCUGUAUUUGUCCGUGUGGAAAGGAAAAAAUCAUCAGCUGGUGUAAUGAAAAAAGCAUUUAACUCAGAAACUAAAUUCCAGCUUGCAGACUCAAACAAUAUUGUCCAAUUCAACAACGAAUUUCAGAUUCCUGUAACAAUUUUCACAAAGAAAGGUGAAAAGCCUCAAAAGAAAGUUGUCGAAAUUACCUGCUUGAGUGUUGCUUCUAAAAAGGAGCCAGAAAAAGUUGUUUGUACAUGGAAAUUUGAUCUUGCUAAUCUUGCCGAUCCAAAAGAUUCCUCUGUUCAAACAUCACAAACAAAGUGCGAUUUCGGUAUCGCUACACUUUAUAUUAGAAUCGUUUUAAUUCCGGAAACAGACUAUCCUGAUGGUCCUCCAGAGAGCUAUUUCUCAUUUGUCACUUCCAAAGCUGAAGCACCCGAAAUUGAGAACACUCUUCACAACGACGAUCCUACAGAUCUCAAUGUCCAAGAUGAUGAUGGAGAUAGCGAGAAUCAGCUUGUUCCAACCAAAAAGAAGAGGAAACAAAAAGAUGACAAAUCUAAGGAAGGCGAAGGCGAUAAAAAGAAACAUCAUCACAAGGAUAAGUCUGUUACCGAGGAAGGUGAAGAAAAGGAAAAGAAGAAACAUAGGAAAUCUAAAGCAGAUGGAAAUAAUGAAGAUGAAACUACUGAAAAGAAGCAUCGGAAAUCAAAGGCCGGAGAAGGAGAAGACAAAGAAAAGAAGCAUCAUCACCACAAAUCAAAGAAUGAAGAUGGAGAAGAAAAAGAAAAGAAACAUUGCUCAUCAAAGGCUGGAGCGGGAGAAGAGAAGGAGAAAAAGCAUCAUCAUAAAUCUAAAAAUGAAGAUUCUCAAUUACAAGAACCAACUGAAGCUGAAAAAGAAGAAUCGAAUAAAGAUACUAAAGUAGAAGUCAAAUACAUAGCAGUUCCAAUGCCUCCACCACCUUCAAACAAGCCACCACCACCGAAGAAGGCUGCGCAAUCCGAAAACGGCGAAGAAGCCGAGAAACAAGAAGAAUCACCGAAUGAAGUUGAACAAAAACAAGAAGAAGUCAAACCAGAAGAAUCUCCAAAGGUUGAAGAACCAAAGAAGGAAGAGCCGAAACAAGAAGAAGUUAAAUCUGAAGAAAUUCAGAAGAAUGAAGAACCGAAAUCAGAAGAAACGAAGAAAGAGGAAGCUCCAAAGGCUGAAGAACAAAAGAAGGAAGAAGAACCGAAGAAGGAAGAGGCCAAAUCUGAUGAUGAGAAAAUCGAAGAAAUCGAAGUUGUCGGAGAAAAGAAGAAACAUCAUCGUAAAUCCAAAGCUGAAGAACCAUCUGAAGAAAACAAAGAAGAUUCUUCCAAACUUAUUAAUGAAGAAGAAGAAAAACGUAAGCAAGAAGUGGAAGAAAAGAAACGAUUAGAAGAAGAACAAAGACAAAAAGAAGAGGAAGAAAAGAAGAAAGCUGAAGAAGAAGAGAAGCGUAAACAAGAGGAAGAAGAAAAGCGUAAGAAAGAAGAGGAAGAAAGGCUCAAACAAGAGGAAGAAGAAAGAUUGAAGAAAGAACAAGAAGAAAAAGCUAAACAAGAAGAGGAAGAAAAGAAGAAAGCUGAAGAAGAAGAAAAGCGUAAGAAAGAAGAGGAAGAAAGACUUAAAUUGGAAGAAGAAGAAAGACUCAAACAAGAGGAAGAAGAAAAGAAGAGAUUAGAAGAAGAACAAAAGAAGAAAGAAGAGGAAGAAAGGAAACAAAAGGAAGAAGAAGAGAGAAUUAAGAAAGAGGAAGAAGAGAAGAAGAAACAAGAAGAAAUUGUUGCUGCAGUUGAAGUUAAAGUUGAAGAGAAAGAGAAGAAAUCUUCUUCAAGUUCGUCAUCUAGUUCUAGUUCAAGUGAUGACGAUGAAGCACUUAUGAAACUCGCUGAAGAACAAGGAAUCAACGAUGAACCAGAUGAGAAAGCUGAGGAAGAGUUGAAGAAACUUGCUGAGGAAGAAGAAAAUCACGAAGAAAACGAAAUCAAUCUCGACGAAGAAGUCGAAACUGAGGAUAAACUCAAGCAAGAAGAAGAAGAAAGAAAGAGAAAAGAAGAGGAAGAAAAGGCAGAACAAGAGAGAAUCAAGAGAGAAGAAGAAGAAAGACUCAGACAAGAAGAAGAAAAGAAGAGAUUGGAAGAAGAAGAAAGACUCAGACAAGAAGAGGAAGAAAGGAAGAAGAAAGAAGAGGAAGAGCUUAAACUUCUUGAAGAAAAGAAGAAAGCUGAAGAAGAAGAACAAAAGAGAUUGGAAGAAGAAAAACGCAAGCAAGAAGAGGAAGAAAAGAAGAAAGCUGAAGAAGAACAAAGACAAAAGGAAGAAGAAGAAAAGCGUAAACAAGAGGAAGAAGAAAGACUUCGUUUGGAGGAAGAAGAAAAGAAGAGAUUGGAAGAAGAAAAGAAGAAAGCUGAAGAAGAGGAAAAGCGUAAACAAGAAGAGGCAGAAAGACUCAAACAAGAGGAAGAAGAAAGAAUUCUUUUGGAAGAAGAACAAAAACAGAAAGAAGAGGAAGAAAAGAAGAAGGCGAAGAAGUCUUCUUCAUCUUCAUCUUCUUCUUCUUCCGAUGACGAAGAAGAAAAAGCCAAACUUGCUGUCGCCGCUGUUGCAACUGUUGCUUCUGCAUCCAUCUACGCAGAAAGUAUCAUGGAUGAAGAAGACAAACCACAGCAACAAUACAACGAUUCCAUCAUGGAUGAAGAAGACAACAAACAAGAAGAGAAGAAAUACAGUGAUUCCAUUAUGGAUGAAGAUGAAAAAGAAGUCAAAAAGAGUUCAAGUUACAGCUCAUCAAACGAAGAAGAUGAUGAAGCAUUACUUGCAAAACUCGCAGGAGAAAACGCCAGCGAAUCCAAUGCAGAAGAUGACGCAGCGUUGGAAAGACUCGCAAACGAAAUGGGAGUUGAAUCAGAGGAAGAAAUCCAGAACAGAAUAAUCUUCAAGGAAAAGAUGUCGAAGAUCUUUACUGCUCAUGAUAGAAACCUCUUAGACAUCGCUCUCAAGUUCUGUGGAACAGAAAUCAGUUACAUCUGCUUCAGAUAUGUCGCGUUUCCAACAAACAGAAACUUCAAUUUCACUGACAGAAUGAUUGAUCCAUUGACAAGGUACAGAAUCUUCGAAUUCACGUCCCUUACGAAAGAAGACGUCAACUCCAUGUUCAAACCUGUUUUGAUGUCAAUCAAAUACGCUGUUUCCUCUGAUACAGACUUAGAUGGCGCUUUAGGUUUGUUGUCAACAAUCAUCAAUUUCGGAUUGCAAUUGCAGAUGAUUGCUGGCCCUUAUACAUCAACACACUUUGAUGUAAUUAAGAAGAUUGAAGAGUACAUCAGUACAUUAAUGAAUGUAUUGAUGCAGAAGCUGUUUUCUAGCAUCGGAACAUGUAUAAUGUGUGAUGGAGAAAACAUUACUUUCGAUGAAGAAUCAAACAAGAAAUUAAAGGAAACUUCAAAGGUUUUCAAAGAAUCAAUCGAAAAAUAUUCUAUUCCUGAAGAAGUUGUCCAAUCAAUUGUCGUAUCUUGCGCACAUUAUUUCGCUGCAAUCAUCUUCAACGUCAUCGUCUCGACAUCAGAGAAAUUCAAGGCUGAAAACAUCAUUUCUUUGCUUCAAAAAUUGAGAGAAAUUCAGUCUCUUUUUGUUUGUUUACCAAGUAAUUUCCCUGAAGCUUUCGAUUCUAUUUUGAGGCUUAUUACUAUUGUACAGAGCCUUGAGGCAGGAACAACACUCCAGAGAAUGAAAGUUGAUGCUCCUUUGUGGAGAUCUGUCGCAGAAAGAAUGGAACAUCCUGUUCUCCCUGACGGAGCAACUUUGGAUGAUAUUUCACCACCAACACCAAGAGCUAAACUCCAAAAGCCUGUUAAACAGAUGGACUCACAAUUCUCUUACGAAUGGCUGUUUACUACAUCAGCUACAAAUAACUAUGAUGAAGGAGAUUCAUCAGAAUCGGAUGAGUAA